AUGGAUUCUGAUUUGGAGUACAUAUACGAGCACUAUGUUGAGUCAUCCGACGGCUCGUCCGAGGAGGAGGAGUAUUCAGAUGAGACGGCGAUGAUCGGGCCGACGCGAUGUUUCCGAACUCUCGAACCGGUACCAAAGGAAAAAAAAUCAGCUCGAUUCCUCCCCACCGCACCUCCUCUGCCCACGAUUCCUUCCUCCCGCACGAAGCCCCACCGUCCCUCGGAUCCGGCCGGCGCGCCGCCACCGGCCACCCUGCCGCCACCGUCCCACGGAUCCAACCGCCGCGCCGCCAUCGGCCACCCUGCCACCACCGUUCCCCAGAUCCGGCCGCCGCACCGCCCCACCGUGGGAUCCGACCGCCACGACAACCACACCAAUCCUUCAUCGCCCACUGGUACAACGCCCAAAGCACGAAGAUUCCCGUCGCCGCUGACCCUCCGGCGAACUUCUCUGCCACCUCGCCUUGGACCUCUCACUGCUGGUAACCUGCUCCGACGACCUUUGCCAACCUACUUCACCGCCGCGGGCAUGACUCCCCACUCCUCCCACACUGCAAUACAGCACGGCUCGCCCCACGGUCCUUUCGUCCCCGACGCCCCUCCAUGUUCGCUGCCGAGAUGCCACCUCCAGGUCUGCUUCUUAGGAUCCAUCGUCUGGUCUUGGGAGUAUUUCAACGCAGUCUGUUGUCGAGGGGGGCUGCGGCUACGUUCCCAGCUGAUGAGCGGUACUGCUGUACUUCCUCAAGAUCCAUGCUGUUGUAGCCUGGAAACUACAGGAAUUCACUGCUACUUUUACAUAUUGGAUCUGUGAUGGGCAUCCUCACAGUGUGCCGCUGUGCGAGGAGGAUGCAGCUAGGCGAGCAUCUCGAGCUACAGAGCACCCUCCUUCCCCCGGACCCCUUCCUUCCUCUGCUCCAACUGGUCGACAACAGCUACUCCACCUGCACCAAACGUCGUCGCUCCUUCAUCUCCUGCGACCUCGCGCAGCCUGCUGCCAUCCCGACCAAAGCUGAGUGAGAGAAGUUUGACCUGACCACCGCUUCAGUUCGAUGUUUCUUUCUUUUUGAAAACAGCUUCAAUUCGAUGUGUGCAUGCUCAUGUGUGUUUAUGUGUGUAUGUGCUCGCAUGCUGAAGUGUUGCUGCUGCUAGCUUUGGCAUUUAGAUAUUACAACACAUAUGAAGUUGCUGCUUCUAGCUUUGGUGUUUAGAUACAUGAUGAAGUUGCUGCUGCUAGCUUUGGUGUUCACACACUACAACACGGGUGGAGCCACCGAGAGGAAUGGAUUAUAGCAAAACAUGUGGUAUAAAUACAUUCACAGAUAAUUUAGUGGCCCCUGGCUAGUUCAAGCUAGGAAAAGAGACUUUUAUCUUUUCAGCUGUGUUUAGCAUUAGGGUGUCUAUGUGCAUACAGAAAAAUGGAUACAGAGAAUGCUAUGUUUGUCUUGUACUACUCUUGUACUACUGUACUUAAAUUUUUAUUUGUGAAGGUCAAAAUGUUGUGUUUGA